AUGAAUCAAAUGGGAUUUUAUGUAGGAAAUGGUAUUGAAGGCAGGGAAAAGGUGAGACAAAAAUUUUCCAAUUUACAUGCAAAAUAUAUCAAAUACUGUGAUGCCCGAAAAAAUACUGGACAAGGAAAAUUAAAAGUCCCAAAAUGUUAUGAAGAAAUGGAGGAUAUAUUGGGCGAUAAACACAAAGUAAACCCCAUAAUUAACAUUGAUUCUUUAAAUGUUAUUAAAUCAACCAAUAAUUCCGAAUGUAUUACCAUACAAGAAGCAGAAACUCAAUCUCGUUGUACAUCUACAUCCAUUAUUGAUGAUAGCGCAACUUCAAACACACUUAAUGGUAACUUAACACCAUAA